CAAACUGCGGGGCUGCCGCCUUAAAGCCUGCGCGUGUAUUUAUUUUGGCAGGAAGUUCUUCUGCAGCUCAAAUCAGUCAACCAUGCUCUAAUCCACUGGACAGUGCUUUGGUGUAUCCCAAAACUCAGUUUCUGCACCAGGAUAUCAUCGGGCACUUCGUCAAAGGCCUUGCUGAAAUCCAGGAGAUCAGCUAUUUCCAGUUUCCUGGAGAGUUAUUGAUGAGAAUGCUGAAAAUGUUGAUUCUACCUCUGGUUGUUUCAAGCUUAAUGUCUGGUCUAGCAGCUCUCGAUGCCAAGACAUCCAGUCGAUUAGGCAUCAUAACAGUCACUUACUAUCUGUGGACUACUUUUGUUGCUGUGAUUGUGGGAAUCAUUAUGGUUUCCAUUAUCCAUCCUGGUGGGGCUGCCCAGAAGGAGAACACCGAGGAAAGUGGAAAGCCAAUCAUGAGCUCUGCAGAUGCACUGCUGGACUUAAUUCGAAACAUGUUUCCCGCCAACCUUGUUGAAGCCACUUUUAAACAGUACCGAACCAAAAGCAUCCCUAUUGUCAAAGCCAACAAGGCAGCAUCUGAAAGCACCACUCACCGAAUCAUCAUCUAUGGGGUGCAGGAUGAAAAUGGAUCCAAUAUCCAGAAUUUUGCCUUGGACAUCACACCACCACCUGAAGUGAUUUACAAAUCAGAGCCUGGCACCAGUGAAGGCAUGAAUGUGUUGGGCAUUGUAAUAUUCUCUGCCACAAUGGGAAUAAUGCUAGGCAGGAUGGGGAACAGCGGCGUUCCUUUGGUCAGUUUCUGCCAGUGCUUAAAUGAAUCUGUCAUGAAGAUAGUGGCUGUUGCUGUAUGGUAUUUUCCAUUUGGAAUAGUGUUCCUUAUUGCUGGUAAGAUCUUGGAAAUGGAUGAUCCAUCAGCCAUUGGGAAGAAGCUAGGAUUUUAUGCUAUUACUGUAGUUUGUGGCCUGGUGGUACAUGGACUUUUUAUUUUACCAAUGAUGUACUUCUUCAUUACCAAGAAGAACCCCAUUGUCUUCAUUAGAGGGAUUCUUCAAGCCUUGCUUAUUGCUCUGGCCACAUCAUCCAGUUCAGCCACGUUGCCUAUAACCUUCAAGUGCUUGUUAGAGAAUAAUCAUGUGGACAGGAGGAUUGCCAGAUUUGUACUUCCUGUGGGGGCGACAAUCAAUAUGGAUGGGACUGCACUUUAUGAAGCAGUAGCAGCUAUUUUCAUUGCUCAAGUAAACAAUUAUGAACUGGACUUUGGGCAGAUCAUCACCAUCAGUAUCACAGCAACAGCUGCCAGCAUAGGUGCAGCCGGGAUCCCACAAGCUGGCCUUGUGACCAUGGUCAUCGUCCUGACAUCAGUGGGAUUGCCUACAGAUGACAUCACUCUAAUAAUUGCUGUGGACUGGGCACUAGACCGAUUCCGAACAAUGAUUAAUGUCCUAGGGGAUGCACUUGCUGCUGGAAUAAUGGCACACAUCUGCAGAAAAGAAUUCACCAAAGACGGGUCUGAGGUGCCUUUGAUUUGUGAGACAAAACCCAUCAGCAUCCAUCAGAUAAUGGCUUACCAGAGAAAUGGCUGUGUGAAGAGUAUGAAUGAGCCAUGUGGUCCUGAACCAGCAAAGACAUUACAACGUCACAUACCCAUUCAAGUAGAACAAGAAGAAAACCCCACAGAAACUCAUACAGAGAAAUCCAGUAGUAAAGACCACUGCACUAUUGAAAUCAAUGAACUGGAAACAAAUGUGUAACUCUUACUCCUGAUGAUAUCUGAAACCUAAUGUCUACCUCAUAGUUGGAAUUGGAAAACAAUCUUUUGCCUUGAAUGGGAAAGUAUGGAACGACUGCCAUGUGCAAACUGGGGCUAUGAGGCCAGCCGUGAACAUCUUUGAAAGUGGAAGCCUUCAUGGGAUGUUGACUGUUUUUAUUAAGAAGGAACUAAUAACCGGACAACUUUGGUUUACUUUAGGCAAACUGAUAUGAUUCCAUCUAUGAUGCUCUUUUAAGAACUCUGAUCCCUUUCAAAUGAUUUCUGUCAGGUCACCUGCUUUCCAUCCUACUAAACAUGAAUAUUUUACUCUGUAUUCAUGUUUACACCCAUGAAACAUUCAGUAUAUACACAUCAUACUUCAAUGGCCAUGCUUAGUGCCGAAAUGCGCUUACUGUAAUUACAACAUCACCUUAGCCUCAUGAGAGAUAUAUUUUACAUCCAGUUAAUCAGAAAACAAGUUAAAAAUGUUAGGAAGAAGUCAAGGUAUUAUCUCUUAUUUGGAAGAGAUCUCAUUCUUAUUCCCCUUACAAAAUUGAGUGAAUUUUGAGGCAAUCCCAGAUAUUAUGCCCAAAACAGAAUAAACUAUAGUUAGCAUUUAUUAUGGUUUAUUGAAAUAAGCCAACUUCAAACCAUGUUUAAUGAACCUGUCUUGUUUCAAUAAACUAGAGUUAACACUAACUGCAACUCCUGAUCUGAGCAUAAUAAUAAACAGCAGUUAGUUUAAAACGGAGGUGGAUGCUUUUUAUUUUGUAUGGUUUUUAAUGUGUAUAUUGUCACAUAUAUUACAUUUUGUACUGCUAAGAAUUGUUUUGUUUAAUGAAUGUGUUAUUUGGAAGAGGGCCUCAUUUUGGAGACCUUUCAAAGGGAGAUAUUAAGCCACAGUGUAAACACAGCCCAUCAUAUUUGCCUUCCAAGUGCCAGAUAAAUGUUUCUUCUUUCCUUCCUUCCUUCUUUAAAAAUCUAGCUCUGUAAUGGUGAGUUUUCACAGCGUCUGAACUAUGAGAACCCAAACCCAAAAGAACUGGUGCUAAAGGAGAAUGUGUAAUGUUUUCUUAUCUGUAGAAACUGUAUAUAUGAUUAAACAUAUGACCUAGAGGUCUGGACAAAUAGAUUUCUUGCAGUCAGAGAGCAGACUCAACAUGGACUGAGAUCCAGUGCCCAUGACUGUGGCACCGGGAAUGUUGUCCUUAAUUCUACAUAAUAUUCCUAUGAUCUCCAGCUUUAAACCGCCCCCCCACCCCAAAACACACACACAUUUAGGAUACUCUAGAUAGGUUUUCUUCUGGUCCAGUGCAAAUGUCUAGCUACACAUGGCGCUUCUGAUAUGGGAAUGGCAUGCAGUUGAUGUGGGAGCAGCUUGAGGAGUAGAGGAAAUUGGAAGCAGGACUGUGGUCAUGUUGAAUAGGCUGUGCCAAUUUUACAGUCUGCUCAAUGGAAAAGGUUAGAGGAAGAGAAGGUUCCUUUAGCUUUAAGAGCUAUGCAGAAAAUAGAAUUUCUUCAGCACUGAGCGCCAACAUGGUGUAGAGUUCCAUAAGAUAUAGAAUCUUACAGCAACAUAAGCAUUGGAAAAUCUAGCCCAGGAUUUUUGCCACUGGCUGGCAGUGGUUCUCAAGGGGUUCAAGCAGGAAUUUUUCCAGGCCUACCUGGAGGUGCCAGCAAUGGAACCUGGGACUUUUUGCAUGCCAAGCCUCCCUGCCUCAAGUCCAAGGGCCAAAUAAUGUAUCCUCACUGGAGUUCCAAUGUGACCCCCAAAGGUUGGCAGGUGCAGCUUUGUUCUUACCUACAUCCUCAGGUAUAUCAGCCAAAAUCCUUUCCAAGAACCCUUUCCCACUUUGUGUGAAGGCAGCCUAUUUGCAAGCAAGUCAUCAGCUGCACCAUUCAUCAGGCAGGCAGUGCUUUGGAUUGGAUUCUAGGCUGAACAUUUCCCAGGCUGCAAAUGUCUGCAGAAGUUGUGGUGCUCUCAGCUCCUCCAGGGACUGGAAGCUCUUCUGUUGCAGAAGAUGCCGGUCAUGGAAGAUGGCUUGACAUCAUAGUAGAGCUACAUAUGUCUUUGCAAUGUCUUUCACUCUUUUUCCCCUCUCCCUUCCCCUUUUCCUUAAAUUUUUACUUUUGUUGAUCACUUUGGUGGGCUCGUAUCCCUGCCUUAUUCCUUUACUGGGGAGAGGAAGUGGCUUUUAUGUCAUAUACUUUACAGUUUGAUGAAAGAGGAAGAGAGAGAGCAUGAUAGAGCCAUUUGAUGGGGAAAGGAAAAGUUAUAUCAUCUCUACAAUAUCUGAGCCAACCUUAAGAUUUCAUUUCAGUGGGAAGUUUCUGAAGCUCCUAGUUUCAUAUGUAUGAAUGGAUGGAGGUAUUUGAGUGUUCUCUUUCUCUUUUAAGCUCUUCCUGCAUCCUCUCUUGGAUCCUUAAAUCAUAAAAUAACUUCCUCUGUACUGACAUUGUUAUCAAAUGUAUCAUGUAUUUAUUACCAGUGUUUUCAGUGGAAAAUGUUUUUAAUAAACAUGCAAUUGCGAAAAGAGGUUUUCAUGCAGUAUUAAAAUGAGACAAUUUCUUAUUUUGGGGGGAAAAAACAUGAAAUCAGUAACUGAAAUUUAGUGAAUUCUCUGUUUGCCCAUAGUUCUUGAAUUGGAUAUUUUGAUUCAAAAUUCAAACUUGUAUGUAAAAAUGUUUAUUGCAGAAUUCAAAUUUGAAUGCUUUGGACAUGUUGUCAUCCUUCAGUUGCUUUGAUUUGGGAAGGAUAUGAAUACAAUAAGCUCUCAAACAAUAAAUGCCAUAGCAUGUUAUGAUAUGCUAUUAGCUUAAUGCCAUUGCAUCAAAUAUCCAAAAACUUGGAGUGUUCAAGUACUCUC